AUGGAAUACACCCUGCCAAACAACCGCUUCUCUCACAGUAACAUCAGUCAACGAGGCAAUUCACCCACAAUGUCCACAGUCGCGAUGGCUGCACCAUUCCCUCAUGCUCCUUUCAAGAAGGAGUACUUCUCCAACUGGGACGACCGCCGGCAAGCGGAAUAUGCUCCUUCCAGGCCAAGGAGCGAUCCCGAGAGGAUAGCGCUACCUUCGAUUCGCCAGGCUUUCCCCGAUCUCCUUCGCCUCCGUGUUGUCCCCCAAGAUGGACAGACCAGCACACCAUCGUCCACCACAUCACCGACAGCAGGUCCGCCCGGCACCUUGACACCACCCGAAUAUGUUCACUCCCCGACCAGCCAGAACAAGCGCAGGAGGUUAUCGUUCGGUGACGACCAGGAGGAAAGGGCCAGCCAGGUUCCUAGGCUUUACACCAGCCAGUCCCAGGCAUAUCAACGACGUGACAACCGUCCUCUCUCCCCGGUCACCCUGAGUGGCGGGCCCCGUUCUAGCACCUCCGACAGCUGGGCUGGAUCCUCCCGAACGAGCCCAUUUCUUCCCGGUACUGGCACUUCGACCCUGAGAUCACCAGCUGCUAUUGAGCAAAACGACCCAAUGGACAGGCAGCGCCCGACGCUACCAAGCCUUCCUCAUCUGAACUUCGACAGGUCACCGAUGGAAGCCCCGUCUCACAUGCACCACCACCAUCAGCAGCAUCCUCACCAGCAACCGCACAGCCACCAUGUGAGGGCAAUGUCUGGAGAUGAGUACAUGAUGGAGCAGCACCGCGGCAUGGUCCCGCAGCACCCACACUCUGCCGUGGAGCCUGGAUACCGCCAGCCUGCACCAAGCGGCUACCCAUACCCGUAUCACCAUCCCUCGCGAAGCCAGUCCCUUUCGAUGGGUGCCAUGCCCCCGAUGGAUCGCAUGCCGUUUUCGCCUUCUGGCUACAGCGCUUAUCAUGGUGAUUACAUGAGGAUGGGUGACAUGGGCGGCAUGGGCUUCAAUGGAGACAACAAGCAACGCAAGCGCAGGGGUAACCUGCCCAAGGAGACGACUGACAAGCUCCGUGCUUGGUUCUUGGCACACCUUUCACACCCGUACCCGACCGAGGACGAGAAGCAGGAGCUGAUGAGACAGACCGGCCUUCAGAUGAACCAAAUCUCCAACUGGUUUAUCAAUGCUCGAAGACGCCAGCUCCCAGCCAUGAUCAACAACGCCCGUGCCGAGUCGGAUGCUCUCGCCCAAGGACGCGGCCUCUCAGACGGCUCUAAGAUCCUCCUCUCAACUGAGCGGUCAGACUACGACAGCGACAAGAGGGGCAGCCCUAUCAGCGACGAUGGUGGCAGCCACCUCUAUCACGAUGACAUGCACCGUCGUGCCGUUGGCAUGAAGCGUGGCAGCGUCUGA